AUGCGCUUCUUGUGUUUCCACGGCAAAGGCUCGAACAGUCAGAUUAUGGAGACUCAAAUUGCAGCCUUGUGUCAAGAAUUGGACAGCUUCCACGAGUACGAUUAUGUUGAAGGGGUUAUUGCUGUGCCGUUAGAUCCUGGAAACUUCCCAGAGCUUCGACCCUUUUUCCCUAUGAAAGGGGAAUAUUUUGACUACUUCUCGCCUGAUUCCGUGGAAAGUGUUAAGCAAGCGCUGGAUGACCUAUCAGCAUUUAUUGAAAGUAAUGGCCCGUACGACGGCAUCAUUGCAUUUUCCCAGGGUGGCUGUCUCGCAUCCACUUUUCUGAUCCAACAGACCAUAUUGCACCCGAUGACUCCGUUACCAUUCAAAUGUGCCAUAUUCUUAAGCUCCAUCAACCCUACAGACCCACGAGCUUUAGACAGUGGACAUGCACGUUUCUUAGACCCUCAGGUAGAGGGGGAUCAGAUGCUGGCAGGGUUGCCAACAGCACAUAUUUGGGGCCGUAACGAUACGCUUUGGGCAAAUUGUAGCGAAACGCUGUAUGGAUUGUGUGAUCCGGAAUUACGGCUUCUCCUGCUCCAUGAUGAGGGCCAUACAGUUCCAGGGAGUAUUAUAGCAGGAUGCAAUGUCAUUAUCUCACCGGAUUCCAUGCACGCCUUAUCCAAUAUGAAUAUGCUCUCCCCGGAUGGGCAAUGUUACAGUUUCGACCACCGAGGGAACGGUUACAGCAGAGGAGAAGGAUUUGGUGUUCUCAUCCUCAAGCGGGUGGCAGAUGCGAUUCGAGAUAAUGACACAAUUCGAGGUAUCAUUCGUAGCACGGGCUGCAACCAGGAUGGACACACGUCAAGCCUUACCUUACCUAACGCUGAUUUGCAGGCGAGGCUAAUACGCGACACGUAUAAGAAAGCCGGCCUCAGUAUGAAGCCUACGCGAUUUUUUGAAGCACAUGGCACCGGAACGUCUGUGGGUGACCCGAUUGAGUCGAAGGCCUUGGGAGCUGCUUUUCGGCAGGUUCGUACGACCGACGACCCUCUGUGGAUUGGUGCAGUCAAAAGCAAUAUCGGUCACCUGGAAGGCGCAAGCGGCAUCGCUGGAGUUAUUAAAGCUAUGUUAGUUUUGGAAAAGGCCAUCAUUCCACCCAACACCAAUUUCGAAAAAGUUAAUCCAAAAAUCGACGCGGAGUUUCUGAGAAUUCAGUUCCCCCUGGAGAGCAUGCCAUGGCCCACCAAGGGUCUUCGGCGGGCUUCCGUGAAUUCUUUCGGAAAUGCCGGAACCAACUCUCACGUUGUCCUUGACGAUGUCUAUCACUUUCUGGAAGAAUAUGGUCUUUCUGGGCAGCAUCUUACAGUCCGAGAUCCGCCAACCAAGGCCGUCUGCGAGCCAACUCUAGUCAGGCUUUCUUCUUCGCUUCAACGCCCUAUCUCCAAAGAUGCUAGCUACGAGCCAGGUUCAACAAGGCUGCUUUUAUUUUCUGCCAAUGAUGAGGCAGGAAUCCGAAGACAGGCAAAGGCAUACGCGGGAUAUUUCUCCAAAACCGCAGAUUCACUGGAACCCAGCUAUCUUGACCAUCUGGCAUAUACACUUGCAUUUAGGCGAAGUUCCUUGACUUGGAAGUCUUUCGCCGUGGUGAAUUCCGUACUUGACCUCCCACUUCUUGAUAAGAUCAUGUGCCCUGCAAUAAAGUCAUCGAACAAUCCAGGGUUAGGGUUUGUGUUCACUGGUCAAGGUGCUCAAUGGGCGGGGAUGGGUAGUGAGCUAAUGGUAUUCCCUGCAUUUCAACAAAGCCUGCAACAAUCGGAAGAGAUAUUAUUAGAGCUCGGUUGUUCAUGGCGUCUCCGCGAGGAAAUUAUGCGGCAAACAGGCUCGAGAAUCAACGACGCUGAGCUUGCUCAACCAAGCUGUACUGCUCUUCAAAUUGCCCUUUUGAAUCUCCUGGCUACAUUUGGCAUUUUUCCGACAGCGGUGAUAGGCCAUUCUUCGGGGGAAAUUGCAGCCGCUUAUAGCGUCGGGACCUUCACAAUCGAAGCUGCUAUGAAGCUCGCUUAUUACAGGGGCGAAGUAUCUGGUCGUCUGGCAUCGGAUCCAUCCGCGCCUAAAGGAGCCAUGAUGUCAGUCGGUUUAUCAGAAGAUGAAGUCCGACCCUAUGUGGAAGCAAUAACAGCUCAAUUUGGUGUCUCCGACUUGACUGUAGCAUGCAUCAAUAGCCCUAGAAACGUGACUAUAUCGGGGGAUGCGAAUCAAAUUGAGGCAUUGAGAUCUCUCUUGGACGCUAAAAAAGUAUUUUCACGAAAGCUACUUGUGAGUGUUGCAUAUCACUCCUCUCACAUGCUACGUGUAGCGGACGAUUAUAGGCGGGCAAUCCAAAACCUCAAGGCUGGUACUGAACCCGUCAACUCGGUGGCCAUGUGCUCUUCCGUCACGGGGCAGCGAGUUACGAAGGAUGACCUUAUUGAUCCCGAAUACUGGGUGUCAAACAUGGUAUCGCCAGUACGGUUUGUUGAUGCGAUGGAUACCCUCAUAUUGAAGUCAUCGCGGCAUAUGCGCAAAAAGAUUAAUGGUAGUCACCGCAACUACUUUCGAAUUGAUACACUAGUAGAGGUGGGACCCCAUUCAGCACUGCAGGGUCCAAUACAUGAUACACUGCUUGCACUGCGCAACUCAAAGAUUGGAUAUACAUCUCUCUUGAUGCGGAAGAAUGCUGCGACGACUUCGACGUUCAACGCGCUAGGCUAUAUCAAAUGCCUCGGCUAUCCCAUAGAUAUGGAGAAAGUGAACAACCUGGGUCUAGUUUCUAGCGAAAAAUAUAUGGUAUUGCCUUCUCUGCCAGGAUAUGUCUUUGACCAUUCCCAGAAAUAUUGGAAUGAAUCGCGACUAAGCUCGCAGUAUCGACUCGGAGGUCAGGGGAAACUGGACCUGGUUGGCAAACCCGUCCCAGAGUCGAAUAAAUUCGCAGCCAAGUGGCGAAAUUAUCUAAGAAUUUCGGAGAUGAGCUGGAAUGCUCGUUAUGGGGUUAUUCGUGCCAGAUACAAACUGAAUAAGAACGACGUUGACAGUGGAAGAGAACCGCUUGAUGAGGUGAAUGCGUGUCGUGAUCUUGCAAUUUCAAUAGCAAAUUCAUGUCAGACACCUCUCAAUCCGCAAAAAUUCUACUCCGCGUUGAAUGACAGCGGCUUAGAACUUGGGCCCUCUUUCCAUCGAGUCAUUGAGGGAUCGUUCAAUAGUCGGCAAGUCCAAGCAAAAUUGAAAUUGUUCCAGUGGCCAGAGAAUGAGUUCCCAGAGGCUCAUAUUAUACACCCAGCGAGCUUAGAUGCCAUUUUCCACCUGGGAAUUGGUAUUUGCUCGGGAGGAGGAAAGGUGGCUGCACCCACAAUGAUCCCGACGUUUCUGCGGCACUUAUUUGUUAGCAAGACUGGGCUUAGUUUCCCGGACACAGAGGAACUUCAGGAAUACGCCUACAUAAGCACAAAGGAUGCACACAGUGUCGAAUUCUGUGGAUUUAGCUUGAGUCCCACAAAUGAUGCUAUAUUGGUACAGUUUGAAGAUUUACGGGCAACGGCAAUUGCGGACCACCAGGAUGACUCUGUCAGAGAAAGCCUCCAAGAUCAACAACUAUCCCACUUUGUUAAGUACAAGCCUGAGCCAGACCUUCUCAGUCCUCAGGCUACCUGGGCUUACUGCCAAGAUGUUAGUGACAGCCAAACGCCGCUGGAACGGUAUGUCGACAUGCUCGCGCACAAGAACGGGGAUCUCCGUAUUCUGGAGAUUGAUACUGGUGACCGAACGUUGACGAAAAGUAUCUUGCAAGUUCUGACAGUGGUAGAUUACUUUGGUAGAAUGAUCAAUCCCAGAUAUAACUCGUUCUGUCUCUGUUCUGCCUCCAGUGAAGUACUCGAGAUUGGAAAACAAGAGCUUCAAAACUACUCACACGUCAAUUUCGCAUCCCUGGAUAUGAUAAUGAAUGACGCGGAAGUCUUCGAUCUUAUCAUGGCUCCAUAUAGCGUCCGAGAGGAUGAAAUGAUGUUUAGAAACAUCAGUAAAAUGCUAACUUCUGAGGGGAAGCUGUUCCUAUUGAAACCCAAUGCCUCUCCUAAUGAAAAUGUUCAGAAAAACGGUCAGCCUGUGGAGGAAACCUGGAUAAAAUAUGGGCUUUCUUAUCCUGGGCUUGAAUUACUUGCUUCCAACCCCACUGACAGUGGGCGACACAUUGUGCAUAUCCACACGACUAGGUCUUUGGGUCCCUCAAUACGACAGAUAGACAAGGAGAUAUUCAUAGUACUAGACACGAUAUCGUCCGUGCAAAGGCGUGUAUCCGAUGCACUGGCUAGCUACUGGCACAGGAAAGGAAUAAACAGUAUCAGAUCUGGGUGCUUGGAAGAGGCGGCCGCCAUCAAACAGACAGACAACAUAAUUUUUGUGGUGCUGCUGGAGCUAGACUACCGGUUCAUGCACAGCAUCACAAGGUCCGCUUAUGGACCGCUGAAAACACUCUUUCAGACUGUCUCUGAUAUGCACUGGGUUACAUUCUCUGGGGGUUCGGAGGCCGGUAAUCCAGACUAUAGCAUAAUUCAUGGUCUAACUCGUGUGCUUCGGAACGAAUACCCUGAUCUCAAUGUAACUGUGCUCAGCUUUGAGGCCACAGACAACUUGUCUGAAUGGCAAAUUGACAGCCUAACCCAGAUUCUAAACGCGAAACACGUUCAUCGCAAUUCCAACAUUGUUGAUGUUGAGUAUCUGGAAAUCAAACAAGCUAUACAUAUCCCGCGUAUUAUCCCGGCCCCGACCGUUACACAUGAGCUAAAUAGUAGAUCAGGUGCACGGAGAUCAGACAAAAUUGCAGUCAAAGAUUGUCCACCCCUCUUAUUGAGCAUGAAAUCUGUCGGCAUUCUUGACACACUUCACUUUGUGGAAGAUGUGGCUGCUUAUGAGCCUCUGGCCGCGGAUGAGAUCGAAAUUCGCUCCUAUGCAAUUGGCAUGAACUACAAAGACUGUUUAAUUGCACUGGGCCAACUCUCCCGGUCCAAAAUGGGCCCAGAGUGCGCGGGUGUAGUCAUCAAAGCAGGAGCCAAUACUGUAUUUCAGCCCGGCGAUCGCGUCAUCCUGGCUGGGUCCGAGAUGUUUAGAACUUUCGUUCGAGGUAAAGGAGCCGUCAAGAUUCCAGAUAACAUGGCGUUCACCACCGCAGCCGCAAUUCCGAUGCAGUUCGGUACUGCAUGGAGAGUCAUUCACCGACUGGCGAAGCUAGAACAAGGAGAGACUAUUUUGAUACAUGCCGCGUCCGGUGGCACAGGGCAAGCAGCAAUUCAGAUCUCGCAGGCUCUAGGCGCGACAAUCUUCGCGACUGUGGGGUCCAAGAUCAAGAAAGAUUUCCUUAUGGAUGUAUAUAAGAUUCCUGAGGAUCAUAUCUUCUAUAGCCGUGAUACCAGCUUUGCGCAAGGCAUCAAACGCAUUACCAACGGCCGCGGCGUGGAUGUGAUUAUAAACUCAUUAGUAGGAGAAGGCCUCAUUGCCUCUUGGGAAUGCAUUGCGCCGUAUGGUCGGUUUAUUGAGAUUGGAAAGAAAGACGUCAUGUCAAAUUCUAAGCUUCCGAUGUUUGGAUUCAACAAAAAUGCUUCGUUCAUUGCUUUCGAAUAUUCUCAGUGGGUGAAAGAUCGUCCUGAAACGGCAUAUCACGAUCUGCAAGAGCUGGUCGAUAUGUUUGCCCAGCAUAAACUUCAUACUGCAUUACCAUUGCGUGUCCACGAUAUCUCGGAGAUUGAAAGUGUCUUCCAGAUGGUUCAGAAAGGUGACCAGAUUGGCAAGGUUGUACUGGAGGUGACUCCUGAAUCGCAAGUGCAGGUCACACUUAACACGAAACCGAGUUUACAAAUGGAUCCCAACUCAUCGUUCGUAAUUGCAGGUGGAUUAGGCGGACUCGGACGUGCAACAGCUCGAUGGAUGGCUGAACGGGGAGCGAGAAACAUCAUCCUCCUCUCACGCUUCGGUCCUCGGACUGAUUCCGCUAGAGAACUUAUCAAAAAUCUGCAAUCCAUCGGAGUAAGAGUCGAGACACCAGCAUGCGACGUUACAGAUUUAGACACCAUGAAGCAGAUCUUUGGUAGGCUAUCCGCAAAUAUGCCCCCCAUCAAAGGUGUUUUGCAGAUGUCAGUCAUAGCCAGGGACUGGCUUUUUAGAGACUUAGAGUAUGAUGAUUGGAAAAGUGCCGUAGACGUCAAGGUUGUCGGCUCGUGGAACCUCCACACUGUCCUACCGAAAGGAAUGGACUUUUUCAUUCUCCUCGCGUCUACGUCUGGAGUAGUCGGAAUCAAAGGGCAAACCAGCUACGACGCCGGAAAUACAUACGAAGAUGCUCUCGCCCGGUACCGUGUGGCCCUAGGUGAGAAGGCUAUAUCUCUUGACCUAGGCGCAAUGGUGGACGACGGCAUUCUGGCUGAACGUCCUGAGCUCCUAAACCGUGUUCUUGCUUAUGAUAUCAUAGAGCCUGUUACGCGGCAAAGGUUCCACAGUAUCUUAGACUACUACUGCAAUCCCGAACUGGCCCUUACAUCUCCCGAGGAAGCACAAGUGGUGGUUGGACUUGGAAUGGGUUAUGGUGCCGGCGGGUUGGAGAGCGUUGACCACAAUCGACAACCGAUGUUGCAGCCGGUGAUAUUAGCGGGUGAAAGACGUGCCGCCGCUAUGGCUGCAGUGAUGGAUGGCCUGGGCACCGCCGAUAAAGUGAAAGAGCAGCGUGAACAAUUUGCUGCAUCCGCGUCCAAGGACGAAGCGGCAGAAAUCGUUGCCCAGGCCACGAUUCAGAAGCUAGCCAGAUCCAUCGCUGCGCUGCGAGACGGCGCAUCAAUUAAUUAUGACAAGCCGCUCCAGAUAUUUGGUGUUGACUCACUGCUGGCAAUUGAGCUGCGGAACUGGAUUGUUAAGGAGUUCAACGCCGAAAUUGCUGUUUUUGAGGUACAGGGCGCCUCGACGCUGGGUACCCUUAGUAUGUUGGUAGCUGGAAGAAGUACGAUUCCACAUGAUAAAUGGUCGGCGGCACUAUGA